ACGAGGUAGUUGGACGAACAAGAUAAGAGUAUCAUGGCCUGUCGAUUAUAAUCCUGAGUCCGAAGUGUCAUCAUUCAAAGUGGUACCUGUACUGUCCUAGAAUAUGUUUGCAUUUUCAUCGCUCUCAACGCGUUAACGAGAAACGGAUACAAAUAGUUUGUUCUUUGAAUCUCACUUCUGUCCAACCAUCGAGGGGUGUAAUUCUGUUUGACGAUUCCCAGUCACAGGCGUGGUUUCUCGUCCGUACUGUUUGUGUGAGGAUGCCUAGCGAUCAGGUGCAGUAUCUUCCUGGCCUCUAGCAUUAGCAAUAUCAUCACGCAUCGGCGCAGCUUGACCAAUAGGUAGGGUGCUAGAGUGUCUGAUUUUCCAAUACGAAAUACUUCAGUCCUGAGAGCGAAGUAAUUCGUUGCUGUGGCAAUGAUGGCGUGUUCGGAGACGAAUCACUGCAUCUGUAGUCAGUGGUGUGCGAUGCAUCACCUCCUCGUCCUAACGCUGACAGUAGUAGCUGGGAGUCACACCACUGACUCCAGCGCUGUUUCACCAUCGGGUGUGCAGUUUCCUCGUGAUCAGAUUUCACCAGGUCCGGAGGCGGAAUCCCAAGUGGGCAUGGAUUACAGCGGCACUACGGCUGUAACAGGACACUGGAUCCGACAACAGGAGAUUUCGGUCAAUCGCGCAAAAGAGAUUCGAGCACGGAGAGAAGUCACAUCGGAGGAUCGCUCCUUGAAAAACUCGUCUCCACGUGAACGCCGAAGCAGCCAAGGAGGUCAGCAACACCGGCAGCAAGGUCAGAGUGGCAGUACGUCACCAUCGCCUGCACUGGACCACAGCAGCUGCUUCCGAACACUGGUGGCUGCGCGGUACAUUCCCGUGUAUGGUACUGUGCGCCAUCAGCGACUGACAUGCUACACAGGUGCACCAUACUCAGCGGGGAACCCGUGGUGCAAUACUACAGUCCAGUUUUCACGGCAAAUUCUGCGCUACCAGCAGCGAACGGAAACAACAACCAGGUGCUGCCCCGGUUGGUCGACGGAAUCAGCACACUCGUCAACAACACCCAGCUCUGUGUCGGAAUGCUCAUUACAUCCUGAUGAACAACCGACAGUUGCUGCACCAGUCACGCUAUCCCCAGUAGAUGUGAUCCAGACCUCUACCUCUGGUGGACCCUCUACAGCUCUGACAGUGGAUACUCACCAUGAACUGCGAAGACUGCGGCGUAGAGUUCGCCAACUGGAAAUGGAGCAGGGAGUGAUGAUCGAACGUCUCCAUCGAGAAAUCAGCCUGGUUCAGACUAUGCAGCAGCAACUCUCCCAGGCCCUGGAGACUGCUAUCCAGCAAGAGAAUGCACAUGUUGAUUGUACUCUGGAGUUGCAGUACACCCAGUCCGACUACUUGCAUUGCAGGAACAAAACGCGAACAAUGGAAGCACAGAUGGUCAGAGAAGAAGCAGUGAAAAAGUACCACGGCCCGUUUCCACCUCGUGACCCGUGCCAUGGCUUGCAGUGUGAGGGCUAUCCGGAGGCGAUCUGCCUGCUGCAGGACAGUGGCUGCUGCCAACGACCCAGCAUUGUAUGGCUGGACCUUACUGGUGAUUAUGUCACGUGUGGAUCCAAUCAAUGACGUCAUCCACAAUAGUAUGGAUGUGCUUUCAUUCUUCAGUGUGGCACAAAGACAAUUGGAAAUAUUACUACCGAAGUACACCUAAUACAGAUCUUCCACAAGUAACGCCUUAUGCCACCACCCGUUGAUGAUUUCAGAUGUUAGGUAGCAGCAUCAUUUCAAGGCAGGUGCAAACAGUCACCAAACGCUAUUCAGUAUGCUUUCGAUGCUGUCUGUGAGAACGUUGAUAUUAAUGAACCACUAUCAAUAUUCAUACUAAAUACGGUGUGCAUGCACUGAGCAGCUGCAUGUUGCAAAUGAUGCCUUUUAUAAGUUGCUGGCCAUCAGCACUGCACAAACACCAGCAGGAACAACGCAAGUGAGCUAUGCCUAUCAAGAAACUUGGUUUGACUUGAAUUUCAUGAAGGCUGGUGUAUCUUUUAUAACACCUGCUCUACGGAUUAUGUUGUGCACAAUGCUGGAGAUGUUCAGAUCGCGAUACACUAGCACAGAGUGUUUCGUGGUCUUGGCUGUUGAGUUGUGGAUUAUGACGUCAGGGAAUCCGCAUCGAAUAAGCCUAGCAGUGUCUAAAAUAUCAAGAGAAAAUAGGCUAAGGGGAGCUUUCAAACUCAGCUUUGUACUCUUCUUGUCUCUUGCUUACAGUUCACGUAUUUCU